UUCACAAAAAAUGAAGCAAAAGAAACACUAAAAGUUAAAAGAAGAAGAAGAAGAUAUUUUUAAAAAUUAAUUAAUUAGACCAGACCUACCGGUUUAUUCGUAGCGUCUCCGUCAACUAAUCGAACCACCCACCUAACCUAACUAGGGUUUUUGUUGUCAUGGAACAACCUGCAUCUUCUCCCAACACAACGCCACGUGGCUCUCCUCGGUCUAAGGAUCCCCAAAUGGAUGUGCAUCUUCCGGUGACCGAACCCGACCUCUCUUCUUCCUCCGUUUGGGACUGGGGCGAUCUCCUGGACUUCACCUUAGAUGAUCACUUCUCUAUCUCCCUUGACGACGGUAACAUGUAUCCUCCCCCGUUUGAAGCGUCUCCUUCAGUCCCGGAUCCGGAUCCGGAGCCAGUGUCCGGACCCGAUCGUGUCAGGAAGCGGGACCCGAGGAUGACUUGUUCGAAUUUUCUAGCUGGUCGAGUGCCUUGCGCUUGCCCCGAGAUUGACGAGCAAAUGGAGAAGCUUGAAGAAGAAGAGGCGGGGGCUCCGGGAAAGAAGCGAGCCCGAAUUGGACGGGUCGGGUCAGGGACGUCUCGGUGCCAAGUUCCGGCUUGCGAAGCGGAUAUUGCUGAACUUAAAGGUUACCAUAGAAGGCAUCGAGUUUGUCUCCAGUGUGCGAACUCGAGCACCGUUUUGAUCAAUGGUGAAAGCAAGAGAUAUUGCCAACAGUGUGGCAAGUUUCACCUGUUGUCGGAUUUUGAUGAAGGUAAAAGAAGUUGUCGAAGGAAACUAGAGCGUCAUAACAAUAGGCGGCGAAGGAAGCCUGUUGGUUCUAAGACUGAAGUCAACAAAGAAUCUCUAGGGGCUGUGCAAAGUGAAGACAUUGCUUGUGAUGGUGAAGCAGGAAAAGAUGAUUUAAGCUUGAGUGGCCAGACAGCCGAAGAACCUCCCUUUGAGUCUGAGGAUGGGCUUGUUUCUGCAGAUUGCUCAGCUCCCAUGUUGCAGACUGUUAAUAAUGAUAGCACUGUAGCUCUUAUUGACACAGGAACUGAUGGAGGGAAAGAGGACUUGAAGUUUUCCAUUUCUACUUCUUACCAUGACAAUAGGACUGCUUACUCAUCCAUGUGCCCUACAGGCAGGAUGUCAUUCAAGCUUUAUGAUUGGAAUCCGGCAGAAUUCCCACGAAGACUUCGGCACCAAAUUUUUCAAUGGUUGGCUGAUAUGCCUGUUGAGUUGGAAGGCUACAUCCGCCCUGGUUGCACAAUCUUGACUGUGUUUAUUUCAAUGCCAAAGAAUAUGUGGAUGAAGUUAUCUGAAAAUCCAAUGACCUACAUGCAUGACUUUGUCUUUACACCUGGAAGGAUGCUGCAUGGGAGAGGCCUCAUGACUAUUCAUCUUAACAACAUGAUUUUCCGUACCAGUAAAGGUGGAAGUUCUUUGGUGAAACUUGACAUGGGGGUGCAGGCCCCAAGACUUCAUUAUGUUCAUCCUUCAUGUUUUGAGGCUGGCAAGCCAAUGGAGUUUGUUGCUUGUGGAAGUAAUUUGCUGCAGCCCAAACUUCAGUUUCUAGUAUCUUUUGCUGGAAGGUAUCUACCGUAUGAUUAUUGUCUUGCUUCCGCACAUGUCAAUGCUACAGAGGGUUCUUCUAGUUGUGAUCAUCAAUUAUACAAAAUAUACGUCCCUCAAACUGAAUCAGAUCUCUUUGGCCCCGUAUUCAUUGAGGUUGAGAAUCAGUCUGGAUUAUCAAAUUUUAUUCCCGUCCUAAUUGGGGACAAGGACGUUUGUUCUGAGAUGAAGGUGAUACAGCAGGGAUUUGAGCAGGGGUUUGAUGCCUCUCUUUUUUGGGGAGGAUCACAGAUUUCUGCCAAUAAGUCGUCAUGUGAAACAUCAACUUUGCGACAAAAGGCAUAUUCUGAACUUGUUUUAGAUAUAGCAUGGUUAUUGAGGGAGCCUAAAUCGGAGAAUUUUCAAGAAACUAUGGCUUCUUCUCAAAUUCAGAGAUUCAAUUGUUUAUUGAAUUUUCUCAUACAAAACAAAUCAACGGUCAUUUUGAAGAAAGUCUUACAAAAUCUUAAGAAUGUGGUGGAGGAGGCUGGGUUUAAUGGAACCGAUGAUCCUGAUACAAGGUUAUUAAAGAAGUAUAUGGAUUACGCUAGAGAUAUCCUUAAAAACAAGCUUCAAGAAGGUGAAAGGCCAGUGCUUCUUUCAAAGUACAUCGAGCAAGAAGGAAAAUGGAAUUCUCAGAGCAGCUUAAAAAAUGAUGGCCUAUUUGUCCCAAAUGGUUCUCAGUACCCUGUUCCACAGUCGUGUUCUGUGCUUAUUAGGACAUGGGUAUGGAGAUAUGGACUGGAAGAAAUUGUGUUUUGAGAACAUACUAGUAUCUGACACUUACUGCAAGUCCAAGUAACAUAAGUUUGCAUUGUCUUCAUUUUGGCUACUGAGGAACGCACAUGUUCCGUUAUGAAAGAUAAGACACCGUUGAGGAGAGUAUUAGAGGGGUUUUGGAAAUCUCCAAUGUCAUUUAUACAGCUUUUACAUAUAAUACAUAUUUUGCUUCUAAUAAUGAUGUUUUAUUUGCAGGACUUGGGGGAAAGGACUAAUGCUAAAUUCCAAACAAUGAUGGCAUCAACUACUUUGACUCGAAGUGAGACUGUUCCGCUUUUAAACAAAGAAAUUGUUAUGAAUGUGAACCUUAGCAAGGAGCGCCCCAGAAAAUCGUGUAGUACCAUUUUUGCCACCACAACAUUGAGAUCUUGUCCCGCCUUAUUUGUAGUUGCUACUGCUGCUAUUUGCUUGGGGAUCUGUGCAGUCUUUCUCCACCCUAACAGGGUUGGUGAGUUUGCUGUAACGAUACGCAGGUGUUUGUCGAAACGGUCUUACAUGAUCGAAUGAGGUCUCGAACAAAAUUGAGUUAUGCACCGAUCUCAUAUGUAAAUACUUGAAUGUAUGUUCUUGAUCCGGUGACAUCAAUCUGUCCGAAAGCUUCAGCCUUGUCAUUUUGCUCCUCGACACAUGCUACCUGGAUUCAGAGUAUCAGGUACAGGUAUUUGCCCGUCAGGGAUAGACUCAAUUUGUUUCUCUCAAGUGUUUUCAUAUAUUUAGAGAAUCAGAGUUCGGGUAACAUUGUCACGUGUCUGGCAAAAUGGGGCAUCUGGAAGCAUGAAGGUUGUUGAAUGUAAUAUGAAUGAGGGUAAUAUUUGAUAUAACAUUGUAAAAUCUUAAAAUUUAUCAUUGCUAAGCAAAUUUGGGUGUAUUAUAACUAGUGUUGUAUUCAUAAAUGAUUAACAAAGCGUUCUCCAUGUUCCGAGAGAAAUAAAA